UCAGUAAGCAAGCUACACGUCGUGCGCCAUGGCUGCCUCCUCGUCGCCGCUGCCCCGAUGGGCGCCCACGCCGAGCCCCUCACGCCCGCUCUGGCGCUGGGGCGGCGGCACGCCUGACGCACGCAACGGCGCCGGCGAAGCAGGCGCGGGCUGGUCACUAGGUCGAAUGUUCCCGUGGCAGCGUCGUCCGGCCGUGGCGGGGUUCGACGGCGUGGAGGUAGCGCCGACGAAGGCGCCUGCGCCGGCCCAAAGGGCGGGCACGGACGUCGUCGACGACCCCCGGGUGUUCCUGACGUGGGAGGACGUGUGCGUCACGGUGGCCGCCGGCGCCUACGGGGGCGAGCCGGUGAGCAUCCUGCGGGGGAUCAGCGGCCACGCGGGGCCGGGGGAGGUGCUCGCCAUCAUGGGGCCGUCGGGAUGCGGCAAGACCACGCUACUGGAUUCCCUCGCAGGAAGGUUAGGGCCUGGAGUUACUGAAACCGGGUUGAUUCUGAUCAAUGGCCGCCGAGAGAAGCUUGCCUUUGGAACCUCGGCUUACGUGACCCAAGACAACGUGUUGAUGUCCACGAUGUCGGUGCGUGAGGCCGUCUAUUACUCAGCGCAGCUGCAGCUGCCAGGGACGAUGCCAGCGGCAGAGAAGCGCGCACAUGCCGACGGCGUGAUCCGGGAGAUGGGGCUCGGGGACGCCAUGGACACACGCAUCGGCGGGCGCAUGACCAAAGGCAUCAGCGGUGGGCAGCGAAAGCGGUUGACCAUCUGCGUCGAGAUGCUCACGCGCCCGCGGCUGCUCUUCCUCGACGAGCCCACCAGCGGGCUCGACAGCGCCGCCUCCUACCAUGUCAUGAGCCACAUCGCCAGAGUUGCGGCCAGGGAGGGCAUGACUGUCGUCGCCGCCGUGCACCAGCCCAGUGGCGACGUCUUCGACCUCUUCCACAGCCUCUGUCUGCUUUCCCAAGGCAGGACCGUCUUCUUUGGAGCAGCGUCAGAGGCCAACCAGUUCUUUACUCAAAGUUGCUUCCCAUGUCCACAAUUGAGGAACCCAUCUGACCACUUCCUGAGAACAAUCAACAAAGAUUUUGACGAGGAAAUUGUUGAAAGUUCCAAAGCUAGGAGAAAAACAGCAGCUGAAGCAAUAGACAUUCUGACAGAUGCUUAUCAAUCCCCAGCUUAUUCAGAAAAAACAACGAACCGAAUAGCUGAGAUGAAACAGAUAGGUGGAGCUCCAUUUAGGAAGAGGGAACAAGCCAGCUUCUCAGCAAAGCUUUUUGUACUCACUAGAAGGUCAUUUAUAAAUAUGCACAGAGACAUAGGAUACUAUUGGAUGCGUUUGGGUAUUUACCUAGGCAUCGGCAUUUGUCUUGGCACUAUAUUCUACCAAGUUGGCCACAGUUACAGUUCUAUCCAGGCUAGAUGUGAAGUAAUAAUGUAUACGACCGCACUUCUUACUUUCAUGGCAAUUGGAGGAUUCCCUUCUUUUGUAGAGGAAGUAAAGGUAUUCAGAAGGGAGAGGCUGAGCGGCCAUUACGGCGUGGCCGAGUUUGUCAUCUCAAACACACUAUCAGCCACUCCAUAUCUUGCAGUCAUCACCCUGAUCCCAGGCGCAAUGUUGUACUACCUGACAGGGCUAACCAAAGGGGCUGACCACUUUGUCUACUUCGUCAUCAACCUGUGCAUGUGCACAUUGCUGGUCGAGAGCAUGAUGAUGAUUAUCGCCGUCAUCGUCCCGGACUUUCUGAUGGGGAUCAUCGUUGGGGCUGGAGUGCAAGGGGUGAUGAUGCUCAAUGGUGGCUUCUUCCGCCUCCCCAACGAGCUCCCAAAGCCGGUGUGGAAGUACCCUUGCUACUACAUCUCAUUCCACAAGUACGCAGUGCAGGGGUUUUACAAGAACGAGUUCAUCGGGCAGUCGUUCCCGAGUGACCAGCUUAUUGAGAAAAAUGUUACCAUCAGUGGCAUUCAAGUGCUCCAGGAGAAGCUGCAGGUGGAGAUGGGGUACUCCAAAUGGGUCAACAUUGCCAUCCUUUGUGGAAUGAUGGUGGUGUAUAGGAUGAUGUUCUUUGCUAUUGUCAAGAUCGCGGAGGAAGUCAGGACAAAACGAAGGGGAGUGAAAUGGAAAUGGUGUAAAUAGAUGUCAGCUGAUUUCACUUAUUUUCUUGUCACGUACAAAACUGAAAUUGGCUAUACAAAGACGGCAUGGUAUACGGUUUGUUUGGACUGGAGCUUUCUGACAAAGCAGUCGUAGCUAGUAAGACCUGAGAAGCAGGUGAAGCUGGAUAACCCGGUGGUACAAUGUAUUGUUUUUUUUUUUAAUAUAUAUGUAAAUUAUAUUCCACUAAACGUGCUGCUCAGCAAUGUUGCUGGCGAGCAAACUGAUAUCAAAGUCAGGAGCAGUGUCCAUCCAGCUAGAUGAGGGAGCACUGUCCUGGUAACCAAACUAUAUAUGGGCUACCUUAUUACAA